AUUCAUAAACUACGGACUAUCGCAUCUAGUGCAUCUCUCCUAGUCUAUUGCGCAUUUGCCAUCUCAUCUUCAUCAAGAUGCCAUCGAACAAAGAUCGUCUUUAUAUUGCAUUGUAUGCUCGAGGCGGAGGACCCAAGAUGCCGGGGAAAGAAGACACAUACCACUGGGCAAUACUGAUGGGACCCAAAGAUGAAAACAAACAGAGCAACGGCACGCGCUUUCACGCAAAAGAGAGCAUUACGGGGCCCAAUGCAUCUACAUGGCUCUUUGAGGAGAGGACAACGUCGUUAGGCGCGACAUCGAUGCUGCUUGUACGCGUCAUGGUAGCCAAGAUAGAGAAAAGAGAUCGGUGUAUUUCUAUUCUUCGAGACACUCCGAUUCGGCAAGGCGAAGUAGGCUGGAAUUGCGUCGGAUGGGUGCAGGAAGCAUUGCUGAAUCUGGAAAAAGAUGGCAAAGCACUUGGAACUAGUUUGACUGAAUGGACAACGGUCAGGGACACGGCAAUGGAGUAUUGCCAGCGAAAAAGGGACGAGCAUCGUUUCGAUGGUUCUUCGACUCAUGAUAUAGGAAUGGCCCCCACAUAUGACUUGCUUGAAAAGAAGGAGACGAUUCCAUAA